AUGAGUUCCUUCCUGUUUGUUCUCAUUCUUCCCUUCAUUGUUUUCCCUGUGAACAGCGUAGGCCCAGAUCUAGCCUCAGGCCCUGCUCCUUUCAUUUCCAUCGCAGGUUAUAAGAAAGCAGGGAUCCGAGCUGUUUGUCAGUCCAGUGGCUGGUACCCAAAACCUGAGGUGCUGUGGAAAGAUGCCAGUGGGAAAAAUCUGUCUUCUUUUUUUGAAAGAAACGUCCAGAAGGACAAUGGGCUCUUUGAAGUGCAGAAUGAAAUCAUCCUCACACAGAGUUCAAAUCAGAACUUAACCUGUGUGGUCAGGAACACUCUUCUUAACAAAGAAAAGGAAACAACCAUUCAUAUAGCAAGUGACCUUUUCCCCAAAACACCUGCCUGGAUAGCGGGUCUGUGUAUAUCCCUGGUGGUUUCACUUGGUCUGGCUCUCUUUAUUUCUUACUUGUUUAAAAUGAACAGAAAACUCGCUGCAGAGCUUGGGUGGAGAAACAUGGUGGUGCCAAUAGAGAAAGCAAACAUAACCCUGGAUCCAGACACAGCGAACCAUGAGCUUAUCCUGUCUGCAGACCACAAGAACGUGAUACAAGGGUUCAUGUGGCACAGACUGCCUGACAACCCCAAGAGAUUCGACCCGGAACGCUGCGUGUUGGGAAGGGAGGGGUUUUCCUCUGGGAGACAUUACUGGGAAGUGGAGGUGGGAGAGGAGGGCUACUGGGCAGUAGGGGUGGCCAGGGACUCCGUGAAAAGGAAAGGGCGGCUCAUCCUUGACCCCAAAGAAGGCAUCUGGGCCGUAGAAAAGUGUCCGGUCCAAUACCAAGCCCUCACCGUCCCCGAGACUCCUCUACCGUUGCGGAAGAAACCCCGGAAGCUUGGGAUUUAUUUGGACUAUGAGAUGAAGCAGGUGGCGUUUCACGAUGUCAAUCACAAGACCCCCAUCUUCACAUUCCCCAUUGCCCCUCUCAGCGGGGAGAGGAUCUUCCCCUUCCUUCAUGUCGGGGUAGGGUGUUGGCUUACAGUUUGUCCCUGAGGCUUCCCUUGCCUGUGGACUGGACAGAAAUACUUGACAAAAUGGAACCUAGAACCAGGGUGGAGCCAGUAGGUCCAUGUCCUUACCAAU